AUGACGGUCAGUGUUGAUUAUCCCCGUGAGUUUAAAGGUUUCGCUAUUACUGAUCCUAAGGAUUGGGAUCAACCUAAAUUGACUUCUUACGAGCCAAAGAAGUUUGGUGAACAUGAUAUAGAUAUCGAAGUCGAAUGCUGUGGUAUUUGUGCUUCUGAACUAUUUUCUUUGAAAAACGAAUGGUCUAAUGCUCCAUUGGCUUGCUUGUCAUCGAGUUAUGGUCCAAAAUCUCAGGUUGUAGGUCAUGAAGUCAUCGGCAAAGUAGUAAAGGUCGGUGAGAAAGUUACCCUUGCAAAAUUGGGUCAGAGAGUUGGUCUUGGGGCUCAGGCUUCCUCCUGUAUGCAGUGUGGCCGUUGUUCUAGCAACAAUGAACAGUACUGUUUGAAGAGUGUUGGCACUUACUGUUCCAGGUAUCCUGAUGGGUACGUUUCACAAGGUGGGUACGCGUCUCAUGUUCGUGCCCAUGAACAAUUCUGUUUCCCAAUCCCAGAUGAUGUUCCUUCUGCAUUUGUAGCUCCAUUAAUGUGCGGGGGUCUCACUGUUUACUCUCCAAUCAAGAGGAACAUCGAGGGUGUUGAAAAGCCAAAAGUUGGUAUCAUUGGUAUUGGUGGUUUGGGCCACAUGGCUAUCAUGAUCGCCAAAGCACUAGGCGCGGAGGUCACUGCUUUCUCCAGGUCUAAUAAGAAGAAGGACGAUGCGAUCAAGAUGGGCGCUCAAUAUUUUGUGGCUACUGGUGAAGAAGAAAAUUGGAGCUCAAGACUGGCAGAUAAUUUCCAUCUCGUCUUAAACUGUGCUUCGUCUACUACAUCGCUUGAUCUAAACGCUUUCGUUAGCAUCCUAAAAGUUAACUGUCAAUUAGUGUCUGUUGGUUUGCCUGAAAAAGGUGAGACUUUUGAUCUAAGUCCAUUCACUUUCAUCAGAAACGGCUGUUCGAUGGGUGUGUCCAAAUUGGGUUCCAGACAGGAAGCCAUUGAGCUAUUAGACUUGGCCUCGAAGCACAGUUUCCAACCAUGGGUUGAAACUAUCGACGUCUCAGAAGAUGGUGUCCAUGAAGGUUUAACCAGACUCGACAGGGGCGAUGUCAGGUACAGAUUCACACUAGUUGGGUUCAACAAAUUCUUUGGUACAGGUUUCCAGUAG